GUUAUAGUUCAACAAGAAGGGUGGUUGUAUUUUUAGAUUUAUCUUCAAUAAUUUUCAUCAUAUCAAGGUGAUUCUGAUGAUCCUUGUCCUUUCUUGCUCAUGCAUGGUGAUAUAUUUUUGUUCAUUGCUUUUCUUUUUCUACUUUUUCAUUACUUUCCUUUCCACUUUCUGUUCUGUCUGCAUCCAUUGACUGUUUGGUUCCUCUCAUCAUUUCCAUGGCAGUUUUCUUUGAUGAGUUUUAUGAAUUUGUCUUAUUUGCUCUUUCCUUCACCUGCAUUUAAUUAAAUCCACCUAUAAAGUGCUUUAUUUUUGAUGAUUUUCAACCAUUCUUCCUCUUGUGAUUUAUCUAUAUAUAUAAUUUUUUUUUUUUUUUUUUUUUCUUUCUGGUUUUUGUUUGUUUGUGUGUGUGUGUGCAGUGAAGGGCAGGUAAAUAGUAGAGUGGGUGAUGGUUGAGACAGAGGGAGGUGGUGGUGGUGGUGGUGCUGCUGCUGCUGCGAAGUCAGGAAUGGCAUCAUCUUCUGCUGCUAACCAGAGCCCAUUGACCAUGAGAGAAGCACCCUCAAACUAUCAACCAUACCAAGCACCUAUGGCCAAGUAUGAAGAUGUUGUAGCCUCUCCCAAACUCUUCAUGACUACUUUGGAGAAGCUUCAUGCUGCUAUGGGGACCAAGUUCAUGAUUCCCAUUAUAGGAGGGAAGGACCUGGACUUGCAUCGGCUUUUUGUGGAGGUAACUUCUCGUGGUGGUAUUGAAAAGACUGUUAGAGAGAGAAGAUGGAAAGAAGUAACUAAUGUUUUCAGCUUCCCCUCCACAGCUACAAAUGCUUCUUUUGUGCUGCGCAAGUACUAUAUUUCAUUGCUUCACCACUAUGAGCAGAUUUACUUUUUUAAGGCCAAGGGUUGGACUCCAGUAUCUGCUGAUGCUUUGCAAAGUCCAUCCGUAGCACCAGUUCCAGCUCAUGGUUCGGGUGAACCUAUGCUGCAAUUACCAGAUACUCAAACAGGUGGAACGCAUCAAACACCAGAAUCCUUGCCUGGAGAUAGUUACAUGGGAAAGCCUUUCAGCAAUGCACUUCCGCCGUUUAAGGUAGCAGAUACUCCAGCAGGACCAGUACCACUGACAGGUUCUCCAGUGAUUGGGGUCAUCGAUGGGAAAUUCGAAAGUGGAUAUCUUGUUACUGUCACAAUUGGCUCAGAGAAGCUAAAAGGUGUCCUUUAUCAGGCUCUGCAGAACCCAGCACUUGAAGUGCCACAACAUCAAAAUGUGUCUGCCAAUGAUACUGAAAACAAGACUGCAUCAUCAGGUGUGCUCCGUCGCAGGCGUAGGAAGAAAUCUGAGAUGAGGAAAAGGGACCCUGCUCAUCCAAAACCUAACAGAAGCGGGUACAAUUUCUUCUUCGCAGAGCAGCAUGCGAGGCUGAAACCACUUCAUCCAGGGAAAGACAGAGAGAUCAGUAGGAUGAUAGGUGAACUGUGGACCAAAAUGGAAGAAUCUGAAAAAGUGGUUUAUCAGGAUAAAGCUAUGAAGGAUAAAGAACGAUACAAGAUAGAAAUGGAAGAUUACAGGGAGAGAUUGAGGUUGGAGCAAUUUAUUAGUGACGCAAUACCAAUACAGCAGCGUCCUCCUGAGUCAGAUGUCAAUAUGGUAGAAGCAAAUGUGAGAACUGAAAUUGUUGGUGAGCACUCUCCUCACUCUCUGGAAAAUGAGAUUAGCUCUGACAAGAGUGACAUGGAAGAUGAUAAAACUGCAGACGAGAACCUAGAUAUGGAGACAUCUCCAGGAGCGGAAAUUGGUGUUGAAAAUGUGGCUAUGGAUAUUUUGACUGACAAAGAGGCUUUUGAAUUGCGGGAAAAAGUUGACAAGGUUGGCGAUAAGAUUGAAGAAAACCUGGAUGAUGUUUUGAUGGAGACGGAGAACGAACCAGUAUCUAGGACAGAGAAAGAAUCAGUGGAUGGCAAUGACAAAGAAUCAGUACCAAGUGAGUAUAGAGAGAAUUAG